CGCGGGGUCAGUAACACUACCACCAAAGAUCUAGACCCUGAAAGGCAGACAAGGCAAGAGGCAGACAGGUAAAGUCGGGGAAGAGGAGAGGAGGAGAUAGGAUAGGACAGGACGGGACAGUACCUACCUUCCUAUCCCUUGCCUCCCAUAUAUAAAGCUUCAGCCUCACCCCCGCCAUUUUAGCUCUCUAUCAAUUUAAUAUCACUCAUACAAAUAAAAGCGUCUCCUUCUUUUCAAAGUCAAUUCGUCUGUCGCAAAAUGGACACCACAAGCGACGCUGCCUCUGUCCUCUCAGGCUCAACCGUCUUCUCCAAAGAAGCCCAGGACCAUGUCUCACCGACAAAAGCCGACACGGAGAUGUCUACAAACGAAGCCGCAAAGCACCGCAAGAGUAUGCGACAGCGAGUUCGCAAUGUCGUAGCCGACCUCGGACGUCCUCCGACUGCGAGAGAUGAUGCCAAGAGCGGAAAUGUCACGCAAAAGCAUGUGGAUGUUGGGCCUGCGGCCGGGACGGUCCUCAUGGGCUCUGCCACCGUCUAAUGCAAAACCAUCGAAUAUUUGAGGCUGGGAAUUUAAUGGGAUGUAUGGAAUGGAUGAACGUUUUGGAUGGCUGGAUCAGAUACCUUUUACUGUACGAGUUAUGGCGUUGGAAAUGAGUUAAAUUGGAUUUCAAGUGUUGACCACCAUUUAACGGGGGCCAUUUAUUGGCGAUGGCAUGAUUGACAACUAAAGCAGCGUGGAAUCCUGAUAUUGAAUCACGCCUUAUCACUACUAUCUUCCAUUCAGCUCGGUUUUGAUCAUUUAUUACUGCAUCAUUGAUUAAAUACUUUCCUCUUUAAGACUUCAUCUUACAUCAGCAUAUCCACCUCAGCCUUGAAACUCAAACCCAUUAUUGUUGAGAGUCCCAUCUUGCACUCGUGGGGUCCAUGAACUCUACCCUGCCUUGCCGCUUGCUUGCAUCUAUUCACAAG